AUGGACGUUCCACCGGAACUUGUGCAAGCAAUUGCAAGCAUGAUGGUUAGCGCUAUCCAAGCGUCGACAACGCAAACUUCGGCCACUGUGGGUCCUAAUGGCGGACCUCCGACGUCGGCGCAGUUCCUAAAACCACCGCCGUUCUCAAUAAGCGAAUACCGAUUAUUAGAAGGAUCUUCGGUUGAAGAUUAUUUCAAGCGAUUCGACUGGGCACUUCAACUAAGCAAGAUAUCAGAAGAGCAACACGCUAAUUUUAACCGAGUAUAUAUGGGCAGUGAGUUAAAUAACGUUCUUAAAUUCUUAAUUAAUCUGCGGUUACCGGAAGAGCUAACCUAUAACGAGUUACGAACAGUACUAAUUAACCAUUUCGAUCGCGUUAAAAACAGAUACGUAGAGAGCAUUAAAUUCCGUCAUAUUGUGCAACAGAAAGGAGAAAGUAUUGCUGCCUUUGCAUUGCGCCUCAAACAGGGCUCCGCGUAUUGUGAGUACGGAGAGUUCCUUGACAGGAUGCUCAUCGAACAAUUUCUUCAUGGACUUUCAUUGCGCGAUAUAUGCGACGAGAUUAUUAGUAAAAAGCCAACGACGUUCGCGGAAGCAUACGAGAUUGCGCACACGCUCGAAGCUACACGGGAUACUAGCAAUGAGGUUAAAACUACCGGAUCGGGAAACACAUACGAAGUAGUACAUAAGUUGGGAUACGCACCCCAACAAUUCAAGCAUCGGAAAAAGGAUGCACAUAAAAAACCAAGUUAUGAACGUGAUUAUUAUAAGAAAAAUUCUCGCUUUCAAGGGCAGGACGAUAAGCAGAGCACCACCAAAACCACACGUAGUUGCGGAAGCUGUGGAGGACCGCACCCCCGUGCCAAAUGCAAAUUUUUCGGAGCUGUAUGUCAUAAUUGUAAGAAGAAAGGACACAUCGCUAAAGUGUGCAGAGCGAUGAAGCAAAUGCAAGGCCCCGCAGAUUUGACAGAUCAGGAUACAGCUGACACAAAAACUACAAUCGAUGGUCGAGAUCUUGAAAUGGAGCUAGACACUGGUGCGCCUUGUGGUAUUGUAAGUAAACAAACUUUAUUUUUUAUCAAACCCGCUUGCAAAUUAUUCAAGACGGAUAGACGCUUUGCAAGUUACACAGGCCACGGUGUUAAUUGUAUUGGACGCAUUCCAGUCGAGGUUACAUUAGGUAAAACCUCUCGAAAAUUAAAUCUAUAUGUUGUGGAUGGUAAUUUCGACUCACUAUUUGGCAGGGAAUGGAUCUCUCAUUUUGUCCACGAAAUUAAAUUCCACGAGCUUUUUAACUCACCCGACGAUAUUCAUGCAGUUACCACAUUAGCUCCUGAAUUAUCCAGAGAACAGAAGACUCGUCUAGAUCAAUUCUUAAUGAACUACAAAGAUGUAUUCAGUACUUCGCCAGGCAAACUCUCAGGGCCGCCAGUCUCAGUCCAUUUUAAACCAGGAACAUCUCCUGUUUUCGCUCGUGCACGAGAAGUGCCGUUAGCGUUGCGUGAUGCAUACGCCAAGGAAAUCGAUGCUAAAAUAGCAUCCGGAUUUUACGAGAGAGUGAAGCAUUCAGAGUGGGCUUCGACAACGCAUAUAGUAAUAAAGAAAAAUGGUAAAUUGCGAAUCACGGACGUCACAGAUGCAUAUACACAUUUGCCGGUUGACGCAGAAUUCAGUUACGCAUUAACAUUGAAUACUCCAACUCAUGGUCUGAUCCGUCCUACAUGUGCUGUCUACGGAGCAGCUAAUGUACCAGCGGUUUGGCAACGCAAAAUAGAGUCAGUCUUGCAAGAUAUUCCAAACGUUCUCAAUUUCUUUAACGAUAUUUUAGUUUUUGCAGACAACUUCGAUAACCUCAUAUUCUCCUUGGAUGCAGUUCUACAACGAUUGAGGAACAACGGUCUGAAGCUAAAUCGAGACAAAUGCAUCUUUGCUACUACAACCGUAGAAUUCUUAGGACAUAAAAUUGAUGCACAGGGAAUUCAUAAAUCCGACAAGCACAUUCAAGCUAUUAGAGAUGCGCCGAAACCGUCAACGCCAGAGGAACUUCAAUUAUUUUUAGGCAAAGCAACGUAUUAUGGAUCUUUUAUUGCCAAUCUUUUGAGUAGAAGCCGUCCACUACGGGACAUAUUACGCUUUCUGCGUCCAUCUUGUGGCCGUUACGAUGAUGCAACACCGAGCACGUGCACGAACAAGUUUGCUAAAAUGGCAGCAGAAACUCAAGAUCUCUGUCCGCACUGA